CGAGGAGGGCGACGAUCGCAGUGCGCGCCCCUCUUGGCCCCCUCGAAUUGGCGCUCAGCCUCCGCGCAGGGAGGACGAGCCCGCUCUCUUGCUGCCUGGCGCGCCCCGAUCGCGUUGGAAAGGAAGGCAAGAGAUGAUCGCUGCCUGACCUGCCGCCCGCCCGUCCUUUCGCCGCCGCGCGCCCCCCAGUGCUUCUCCGCCCCCUGCCUCCGGCUUGCCUGCCCGGCCUUUUCCCUUCCCGACCUGUCUCUCCGAAGCGUCCGCAGUUCCGCUUUCCCGGCCAAAUCUCGGCUCAGGCUGCCUUCUCCAACUUUGUGCCGGUUGGAGAGGGAAAGCGUCGCGGGCUCGUCUGGCUGCGAGAGAGACACACACAGAGGGAGAGAGGGGGGGAGGGAGGGAGGGAAAGGGGGAACAUCAGGGGAGGAAGGAAGCGACCGGUCGAUCGUCGGCGCUUGCUGUGGCUUCGCGACCAUGGAGUACACCGCGUCCCCCAAACCUCAGCUCUCCUCGCGGGCCAACGCCUUCUCCAUCGCGGCGCUCAUGUCCAGCGGGAGUUCCAAGGAGAAAGAAAGCCCCGAGAACACCAUCAAGCCUCUGGAGCAAUUUGUGGAGAAGUCUUCUUGCUCUCAGCCUCUGAAUGACUUACCCGGUUUGGAUGCCCAUGGAGACUACAGCAGCAGUGGGAGCCCCUCCACUCUGUGCACCGAACCCCUCAUUCCCACCACCCCGGUCAUCCCCAGUGAGGAGAUGGCCAAGAUCUCUUGCAGUUUGGAGACCAAGGAGCUUUGGGACAAAUUCCAUGAACUGGGCACUGAAAUGAUCAUCACAAAAUCAGGAAGAAGAAUGUUUCCAACCAUCAGGGUUUCCUUUUCUGGUGUGGAUCCGGAAGCCAAAUUCAUUGUACUCAUGGACAUUGUUCCAGUAGACAAUAAGCGAUACAGAUAUGCCUACCACAGAUCUUCGUGGCUGGUUGCUGGCAAAGCUGACCCACCUCUGCCUGCAAGGCUGUACGUGCAUCCGGAUUCUCCCUUUACAGGGGAACAAUUGCUGAAGCAGAUGGUAUCCUUUGAAAAAGUGAAGCUCACAAACAACGAGCUGGAUCAGCAUGGUCACAUAAUCUUGAAUUCAAUGCACAAAUAUCAGCCAAGGGUGCAUAUCAUCAAGAAGAAAGACCAUACAGCUUCCCUGCUUAACCUGAAAUCUGAAGAAUUCCGAACAUUUAUUUUUCCAGAGACUGUGUUUACUGCUGUCACUGCCUACCAGAACCAAUUGAUAACCAAGCUGAAAAUUGACAGUAACCCUUUUGCUAAAGGAUUCAGGGACUCUUCUAGACUCACUGAUAUUGAGAGAGAAAGUGUUGAGAGUCUUAUUCAGAAGCAUUCCUAUGCCCGAUCUCCGAUCAGAACCUACGGAGGUGAGGAUGAAGCUCUGGGAGAUGAGAGCCAAGCAACACAAAGCCGAGGGUCUGCUUUUACCACAUCCGAUAACUUGUCCCUGAGUUCCUGGGUCUCUUCGACUUCCAGCUUUCCAGGAUUCCAGCAUCCACAACCCUUGACUGCUCUUGGCUCUGGCACUGCCUCCAUAGCCACUCCCAUUCCACAUCCCAUCCAAGGAUCCCUCCCUCCCUACAGCCGCCUGGGAAUGCCUCUCACCCCUUCAGCCAUUGCCAGCUCCAUGCAGGGAAGUGGUCCCACAUUCCCUUCUUUUCACAUGCCUCGGUACCACCAUUACUUUCAACAAGGGCCUUACGCUGCCAUCCAGGGACUGCGCCACUCCUCAGCUGUCAUGACCCCCUUUGUAUGACUGACCCUGAGAGAAACGAGAGCCAGGACAUGGCACGAAAAUCCUGGUGGAUGUGUCAGAAAGGCCUGCAGAGGAAGAAUAGAGCAACUCCUGAGAAAACCAGUUGGCAUAAAACAUUCUGGAGUUUGACGUCUCUCCCGAGAGUGUGAUGGACGCAGCUUGGAGGGUGUGAGGAGCUCAAAGGGGACUCCAAAUGGCACCAGGUCUGUAAUUAAACAAUGAAUGAGUGGAAGGUGCAUUGUAACCACUGGAUAAGAGACUAUGUUCUGACAAUAGUGUAUAGUUCAGAGCCUGGGAGAUGUUUUUUGUUUGGCCAACAACUCCGAGAAUACAACAGCCAGUUUGGCUCUGGCCAAGCUGUGGCACAGGGUGGUGGUGGUAUUUUGAGAUUUGUAGUCCAAAGAAGGAAGUUUCCAAGCUCUAGUAUAUUGUGUAUGUUUCCCCCUCCCAACAGAGACAAAAGAGGCAAUACUAUGUUAUUAAUUUCACUGCUUCACAUCCACAUAUGAAGGGGCCAGGGGGACUGUUUGGUUUUUAGCAUGGUUAGGUAAUUUCAUCUUUAGGUCCACUACCAAGGAAAGCAGAGGAGAAAUGCUGUUCAUCUUUCCCUCCAUUGCUAUUAAUUGCUUUAUAUUAAAAUACCAGUCUCAGCCCAUUAUAACUAUUGGACAGAUUCCACUGGGAUUCCUCCUGCAUGAGUCCUGUGGGAAUGAAAGUGGUUGUGCAAAUGCAGCAGUGCUCUUGUGAAAUUGAAAAGCAUGCACCCUUGUCCAACUCAUUCCCCCCCCCCUUCCCAGAAGCUGAGUUUGGGGAGAGUAUGACCUGUUCAAUGUUCCUGCACCCCAAACCACAAAGCAAUGUUUUCCCUAUAUAUUUCUUUCUCCAUUUGCAAGGCUAUGCUACUUCAGGCUUGUCAUACAGAAAUGUGCCUCAGAAAUUUGUUUGUGUUUCUUGGAUUGACAAAAUGUAAGUAUCAAUUAGCUAGAACUGCAUUCGUUUUUGAAGAUCUCAGAGUCUGACAUCUGAAUAAGAAACAUCUUCACACUUCAGCCUAAAGCAGUGGUUCUUAACCUUUGUUACUCGGAUGCUUUUGAACUGCAACUCCCAGAAACCCCAGUCAGGACAG